AUGGGGAGAAAGCUCUCAUCGCCAAUGGCACCCACCUUCAUGGUGUCCGCACCAGGAAAAGCCAUUGUCUUCGGUGAACACGCCGCAGUGUAUGGUAAGCCCGCUAUUGCCGCAGCUAUCUCUCUCCGAUCAUAUCUCCUCGUCACUACCCUCUCCAAAUCUCGACGUACCGUCCAACUGAAUUUCAGGGACAUUGGUUUAAACCAUACUUGGGAAAUCGACACUCUGCCAUGGAAUGUCUUCCAGCAACCUUCCAAAAAAAGGUCCUAUUACUCUGUUGUCGACUCCCUCGACUCCCAAUUUCUGGAAGCUAUCAUGCCACAUGCAGAGGCCGUGUCGAAGCACCUUCCAGAGAAGCAACGAAAAAUCCACAUCAAGUCUGCGACUGCCUUCCUCUACCUCUUCCUCUCCCUAGGCUCCUCGAAAAGUCCUGGGUUCAUCUACACCCUUCGAUCUACCAUCCCCAUCGGUGCCGGUCUAGGCAGCAGUGCCAGUGUUUGCGUGUGCUUAAGCGCAGCCCUGCUUCUCCAGAUACGGGCCCUUGCUGGACCCCAUCCUGAUCAGCCCCUUAAGGAAGCAGAGAUGCAAAUUGAGCACAUCAAUCGCUGGGCAUUCGUGGGCGAGUUAUGUAUACAUGGAGACCCUAGUGGGGUAGAUAAUACGGUUUCGGCGAGUGGAAAGGCUGUGAUGUUCCAAAGAAACGCCUCUGGACCACCAUGCGUCAUUCCACUUACCCUGUUCCCGAAACUACCACUCCUUCUCGUGGACACUCAACAAGAACGAUCCACUGCAAGACAGCUAGAAAAGGUGAAAACACUUAAAACCAACCACCCCGAAAUAACAGAGAUAAUCUUAGACGGAAUUGGCAAAAUUGCAACUUCUGCACUGGAGCUAAUAUCAUCGCCUGAUCUCUCUGGUAGCGGCAACCCUGAUGCUCUCGGACACUGGGGAACAUUGAUUGGCAUGAACCAUGGGCUGCUGGUUUCAUUAGGAGUCUCUCAUCCUAGUCUAGAGCGUAUUCGCGAGCUCGUGGAUUACGCGAAUAUUGGUUGGACAAAACUGACCGGUGCUGGGGGUGGUGGAUGUGCUAUGACGCUUUUCCGGCCAGACAUCGAAGACCAAACUAUUGAAGAGCUUGAGCGGAAGUUUACUGUAGAAGGAUUCGAAACAUAUGAGACUAUCCUCGGUGCCGACGGAGUUGGGGUACUUUGGCCUGCCGUAUUCCGAAAUGGCACUGAUGGAAAGGCUUACGAUGAGAUUGAUCAGAAGCUGUUUGAGAAUGCUGACGGCGUUCAAGGUAUCAACCAGCUAGUUGGGGUGGGAGUGCAAGACAAUCGGGAAGGCUGGGAGUUUUGGACGCGAGAACCCUCACCAAGAUGA